GCCAUGAAAGGCUAACACAAGAGGCACUGGAGCAGAGAACUGGGACUAGGAAAGAAGUGACGACUGGAGCGCAAAAUGGCUUCGCAGGACUACGUGACAGACUCGGGUUCAGAGUAUACGGAAUAUUGGAUCGAUUGGUUUUUGGGAAACAAAGGGAAUGAAUACUUCUGUGACGUGGAUGUGGAAUAUAUCACGGACAGGUUCAACCUCACCGGGCUAAAUCAGUAUGUCGAUAGGGUAUCGUUGUCGGUGGAUAUUAUAACCGAUCGUCAGCAGAUAAACGAAGAGCAACCAGAAGAGGUGAAACGCACGUUGGAGGAAAAUGCAAAGUUUCUGUACGCCUUAAUUCACGCCAGGUUUAUCAUCACAUUGCGGGGAUUGAACAAGAUGCUAGAGAAAUAUCGGAACGGUGACUUUGGGUUCUGUCCCCGGGUGCAUUGCAAACUGACCCCUUUGUUGCCUAUAGGAUUGAGCGACACGCCUAGGGUAGAAAGUGUGAAACUUUACUGUCCAAACUGUGAAGAUAUCUACAACCCAAAAUCUACCAGACAUUCAUCCAUUGACGGGGCGUUUUUUGGAACUUCAUUCCCGGCAAUGUUCCUCCAAACAUAUCCUGAAUUAGUGCCAACACACAACACCGACAUCUUCACACCCAAAAUUUUUGGUUUUCAGAUCCAUGACACAGCCAAGCUAACAAGGUGGCGGAUACUACAGAAAGAAAAACUCAUCAAAGACUUAGAGGAGAAAGGAAUUGAUCAUGGAGAGGAGGUUCCGGGUGGGUUUGCCAAGCCGAUCCCGGAAUACGAGCGUGUCACAAAGAGCUCUAGCAAGCGUGCCCGGGAGUACAAGGCCAGGAGCUGAUUACUAGAGUUUUAAGCAGAAAUCUUUUCUGAACAGAUCGUUCACUUCGUAGUUGGAAUGUUUUGUGAGUCUUAUCUUCUCAUUUCAUAAUAUGUCUUCCUUAAGCUUUUUUUCUUUCUUUAUUUGUGUAUAUUUGUGACGGUCACCUUCUGUCGAGAGUGUAUGUUGUUCGGCUAAAUUUAAUAUUCAAUAUAUAAUAUAGAAUCAGGAAACUACCUAUCAAUA